AUGAAUCGCACCAUGGCCCAACAACAAUCUUUCGAAUACUAUCAAGUACCCCAGAUGUCUCAAUCGGGAGUCGCAAUGAGCCCCCCAGAACUCUCUCCCCUCUCCUUCUACGACACCCAGGGCGACUUCAGCGCCGACUCGGCCCCCUCCCGCGGUUCUCCCGUCUCUCCCGUCUUCCCCGCAUCCUCCUUCACCCUUCCCUCCGCCAACGACUGGCCCGCCUACUUCGAGAAGCCCACACUUUCCCCGGAUCUUGACGUCUUCUACGGCGAGGCCUUUGGCAGCCCCAUGUCCUUCCUGUCCUCUCAGAACCUCACUCUCAGCCCCACCGCCAACCCCGCCGACCUGAUGUCGGAGACCGUUACCUUUGGUCGUGAGGGUAUCAACGACACCCAGCCGCUGUUCCAGAGCCUCGACACUCCCGCCGCGAGACCCCAGCCCCAGCAGACACAGAAGUCGUCCCCAAAGAUCACGAGACCCUCCGCUCCUGCCACCACCACCAUCACCGCCCGCCCAGCCCAGCAGCGAUCCCAGCCCCAACAAACACAACAACAACAACAAACCCGAGCCUCCCCGAGGAAUAACGAGCUGAAGCGCAAGUCCUCCGCCUCUUCCGCCUCCUCCCGCUCCGCAUCCCCCGAGCCCCCCGCCAGGAGGACAAAGCACUCGGAGCCUUCCAAGAACCCGCACAACAUGAUUGAGAAGCGCUACCGCGUCAACAUCAACGAGAAGAUCAUCGCCCUCCGCGACGCCGUGCCCUCCCUGCGCUGCGUGGUCCAGCAGACCGAGAACCCCCAGGCCGCCGAGAGCGACGAGGCGUUCGACGUCGUCGAGGAGCUCGGCGGCCUCAUGCCCGCUAGGAAACUCAACAAGGCCACCAUCCUCAGCAAGGCCACCGAGUACAUUGUCCACUUGGAGAAGAAGAACGGCCAGCUGUGGAAGGAGAACCAGGAGCUGGAGAAGAGGCUCGCCGACGUCCAGCGCUGGCAGAGGAGUCAGACUGAGGCUGGACCUUUCUGGUCUUGA